AUGCGCGGGAGGUCGCCACCCCCCCACCACCCGCCACCCUCCGCGGCCCGCGCCACCGCAGAUGACGCUAGCAAUUACGUACAACUAUGUCUUUUGUGCCGGGGCCCGCCAUCGGCCUCGACACCGCGCCCCGGGCGGCGGACGCGCAUUCCGGCCGAGGCGCAAUUACGGCUUACCUACUGUGUUAAAAUUAGAAAUAGCGCCUUGUUCCUGGACAAUAGC